AUUGAUGCAAGGGAGAGAUGGGAGAGUGGCAUAGUUGAAAUAUUGGUGAAAUUCAUGGGCUGUUUGAUCUGCGCAACUCCCAAAUUUUGCUGCCCAUAAAACCCCACUUCUUCACAUCUCAACCACCUUUCGCAGAAACCAACAGAAAUGGAAGACGAGCUCGAAAAUCCCGCCACCGCCACCGCCACCGCCACCGCCACCGCGGCGGAGGAGGAGGAGUACGCCGACGACGUAGACGACAGCUGUUGUUCCACACCUUUCGUCAGCGCUCCUUCCAGUCCAGGCCGCGACACGCCGCUCGCCGGAUUUUACUACAGCGCUCCGGCCAGUCCCACACACUUUGUGCUCUCCACCGUCGCUCUCAAAUCCUAUGCUUCUUCCUCCGCCGCCGUGGUGGAAGUAAGUUCUUCAUUCGAGUUCGAUUUAUCCUCCACAUUCCCCUCUACAGGCGCGUCGUCGCCGGAAUCCAUGACCUCCGCGGACGAGUUAUUUUUCAACGGCCAGAUCCGACCGAUGAAGCUCUCCGCACAUCUCCAGCGACCGCAACUGCUCGCUCCUCUGAUCGAAUCAGACGACGCCGUAGAGGAGGACCAAACAUUCACUCGAGGCAGAGACUUGAAGCUCCGGACCGGAUCUCUGCGCCGGAGGACCAGAUCCAUGUCUCCGCACAGAACAACCGCUACGACGUCGUUCCAGUGGCGCGAUAGCGGCGAGGAAACGCAACAAAACAACGUUUCACCGCGUACGAACGUCGAUAAAGGCGAAGAGGACAAAAGAUCCGACGAAACAGCACCGUGCGCGUCCCGAUCUUCCUCCGCCGGUAGGAGCUCAAGGCGAUGGGUGUUCCUGAAGGAAUUUCUGUACAGAAGCAAGAGCGAAGGAAGAAAUGAAGGUCACAGAUUCUGGAGUUCGUUAUCCUUUUCACCAGUGAAGGAGAAGGAGAAGGAGAAGAGAAAUCCUGCAAUGUCGAAUAAUAGUUCCAAUUCCAAAUCGAAGCAGCAGCAAGGCGGCGGAGUGAAUCGCGAUGGUAAAAAGGGAACUAUGAAGCAGACUAAGAUUGUGAGUAAAAGGAGAAAUGGCACAGCAGCAGCAGCAGCAGCAGCAGCAGCAUCGACGUCGGUAUCGCCAUCGGCGCAUGAAUUACAUUACACUGCGAACAGAGCACAAGCAGAGGAGAUGAGGAAGAAGACGUUUCUUCCGUACAGGCAGGGAUUAUUGGGUUGUCUAGGGUUCAGUUCCAAGAGCUACACGGCCAUGAAUGGCUUUGCCAGAGCUCUGAAUCCAGUGUCUUCCAGGUAACAACUCAAAAUACCUCUAAUAUAUAUAUAUAUAUAUAUAUGUAACUACUUGGCUUAAUUGUUCCAUUACCAUACAUAUAUAUAUACUUGUAAUUGUUGUGUGUCUUCCUAAAAUAAAAAUGUAAUGGUGAAUAAACGUUGAUGCUUUUGGGUGCCA